GCGGCUAAACCGCGAGCCUCUCUGCGUCUCUGUCUUUCUUCUUCCAGAGCUGCUCGAGAUAGCAAGCAGGCCACGUGCAGAGCAGCGCCAGCAAAAAAAGAAGAAAUCGUGUUUUAUACCGAGAUUUUACAAUCUAAAUAUCGACAGACCAGAUCACAGCAUCCGCAAACAUGGUGAAACUGGCAAAGGCAGCGAAGAAACAAACUAAACCCCAAAAGGCAGCACCACCACCCCCAAAAGAUGUCGAUUCUGAAGAGGAGGACUCCAACGAAGAAGACAGUGAGGUGGAAGAGGUUACUCUCCCAAAGACAGUUAAGAAGGCUGCAACACCGGCCAAAGUAACCAAAGCUGCAAAGAAUGGGAAGGUGGCAAAAAAGGAAGAAAGUGAGGAGGAAGAUGAUGAUGAUGAUGAUGAGGAAGAUUCAGAUGAAGAGUCUGAGGAAGAAGUGCCUCCACCCAAGAAAGGCAAGGCCACUCCUGCAAAGAAAGCUACCCCUGCAAAAAAGGCUGCACCAGUGAAAAAGGCAGAGUCUGAAGAGGAGGAUGAAGAGGAGUCUGAGGAGGAAGCUCCACCACCCCCCAAGAAGACCCCAGCUAAGGCUGCUAUGAAAGUGACCCCAGCCAAGGUGGCUAAAAAAGAGGAGUCUUCAGAGGAGGAGGAGGAGGAUGAAGAUUCUGAAGAGGAGGCUAUGGACACUGCCCCAGCACCUGCAGCCAAGGGGAAGAAGGCUGGUAUGGUGAAGGUCCAGGAAGAAUCAGACGAGGAUGACGACGAUGAUGACGAGGAGGAGGACGACGAGGAGGAGGAGGAGAGUGAAGAUGAUGAAACACCUGCACAGACACCAGGAAAGAGAAAGAAGGCUGAGCCAUCAAAGGCAGAAACCCCUCCAGCAAAGAAAGCCAAGUCUGGUGAAGGUUUCUCCCUGUUCGUUGGUAAUUUGAAUGCCAAUAAGGACUUCGAUGAACUCAAAGAAGCCCUCAGCACAUUUUUUGCCAAAAAUGAUCUUGAGGUCCAGGAUGUCAGGAUUGGGAUGGCCAAGAAAUUUGGGUAUGUUGACUUUGCAACGGAAGAUGAUUUGGAAAAAGCCCUGGAGCUGAAUGGGAAGAAGGUCCUUGGCCUGGAAGUCAGACUGGACAAGGCAAAGAGCAAGGAGAACUCACAGGACAACAAGAAAGAGAGAGAUGCUCGUACUCUGUUUGUGAAGAACCUCCCCUACUCUCUAACACCUGAGGCUCUGAAGGCAGUUUUUGACAGUGCUGUAGAUGUCCGCAUACCCCAGGGCAGGGAUGGCUCAAGCAGAGGAAUUGCGUACGUUGAAUUCAAGAACGAAGCUGCAGCUGAGAAAGCCAUGGAAGAGAAGCAGGGUGUGGAUAUUGAGGGCAGAUCUGUGAUCCUGGAUUUCACUGGAGACAAAAGCCAGCAGAACCACCAGAAAGCAGGCAGACCUGCUGGGGCAGAAUGCAAGACUCUUGUUGUGAAUAAUUUGGCGUACACUGCCACAGAAGAAGUCCUUCAGAGCACCUUUGAGAAAGCAGUCUCUCUCAGAAUACCACAGAACAACGGUAGACCCAAAGGGUUUGCUUUUGUCGAAUUUGAAAAUGUCGAAGAUGCUAAAGAAGCCCUUGAAAACUUCAACAACACAGAGGUCGAAGGCAGAACGAUCAGACUAGAGUUCAGCCAGUCCAGUGGGCAGAAAUUUGAAGGCGGUAGAGGAGCAGGUGGUCCCUCAAAAACCCUUUUUGUCGGAGGUCUUUCUGAGGACACCACAGACCAGACGUUAAGAGACGCCUUUGAUGGUGCCAUCGCAGCCAGAAUAGUCACAGAUAAGGAGACCGGAUCAUCUAAAGGGUUCGGUUUCGUCGACUUCGACUCUGAGCAGGUCUGCAAGGCUGCCAAGGAGGCAAUGGAGGACUCCGAGAUCGACGGCAGCAAAGUGACUCUGGACUACGCCAGGCCGAAAGGAGAGGGUCAGCGUGGAGGCUUUGGGGGUCGUGGAGGGUUUGGUGGCAGAGGAGGUGGCAGGGGAGGACGAGGGGGAUUUGGCAGAGGAGGCGGAGGAUUCCGGGGAGGCAGAGGGGGCAGCCGCGGAGGCUUUGGAGGUAGAGGAGGUGGCUCUGGAUUUGGAAAACCCCAGGGAAAGAAGAUCAAGUUUGAUAAUUAAAUCUGUAGAUUUACAUUUCUUGUUUUCAAACGGACUUGAUUUAUUUCUUCAAUGUGCCGUGAUGGAGCCUUUGGACAUUCCAGAAUGCAUAAAUAUAUAUAUAUCUAAAUUUAACAACCCAGUAGAUGGAGAGCCGUUUGUGUGAGCUGUGAUAUGUUUGGACUCCCCGUUUCUAUUUCCUCCCUAUUUCAAAGGAGUAAAAUGGAAUGUGAAGACAACCCACUUUGUUUAACGCCCUGUUGGCUUGGUACAUGUUGUACAUUUGACGAUUUGUAUAACUUCAUUUUACCUUUUUGUAAAAAGUGCCGUCUAUCCUUUUUUUUUUUUUAUUUCGUUCACUGUAAAUGCAGAAUGUUUUACAAAAUGAAGUGUGCUUGGCAGAUUAAUGGACAGAUUAUUAAAUGGACCCGACUGCGUCUUGGGUGUUUAGAAA